AUGACAUCUAUGAACCAAAUCAUGUUGUUUUCCCUAUUAAAAUUACCUCGUAUUAUAAUUGAACACUUCAAAUUCAUUUUAAUUACUAUAUCAGAAGGCAAUCAUUAAACUUUUACUUAAUCUCUUAGCAAGAUCUCUGAUGACUCUAUUUAAUAAUCUUGUGAAUUGCAUUAAUUAACAAAAAUGCUUUAAAAGGCAACAUUCUCUUUUAUUUUCGAUUUUAUUUCUCAUCAUACAAUAAAAAUUUCUAAAAUACUUUAAGUUUAUUGUUUUAUAAAUCUAAAAAUUGAUCUAUUCCAAAAAUCCUCCACCAAAAACUUUUCCUUAUUUUAUUUUAAAUAGCUCUCAUCUCUUACUUAAGCUUUAUAUAAUAACAUAUUCUUAGCUUUUAAUUGA